AUGGUUGAACAAAAAGAAGAUAGUUAUAUAACAAAUAAGAAGGUAGAAGAAAAUAAAAUGAACAAAAUCAUCCACAUUAAAGAUGAACAAAUAAAUAAAAAAAAGAAUAAAAAGAAAAAAAAGAAAAAAAAAGAGGGAAAAUCUGUAACUAAAGAAAUGAAUGAAACGAGCAAUUUAGGUUUAUAUUCAAAUAUAUGUGAAGAAAAGAAACACAACAAAAAAAAGAAAAAGAAAAAGGAAAAGGACAAGGACAAGGACAAGGACAAAUUGGAUGGUAUCAACAAAAAUUCAAAAAAAAAGAAUAAGAAAAAUGACAAAAGUAAUAAAAAGGAAGGUAAAAAAUUAGAAAAUAAUGAUGAAAGGAAAGAUGACGAUUUUAUAAGUGAUCACGAGGAUGAUAUUAUAUAUGACCAUGAUGAUAUUAUACGUGAUCACGAUGACGACAUCUUAGAUAAUAAUAAUAAUAAUAAUAAUAAUAAUAAUAAUAAAGAACUAAAAAAUAAUGAUAAUAUUAUUAUUAAUAAUAAUAAUAAAGUAACAUCCUUCGAUUAUGAAAGAUUAAUAGCUUCGGAAAAAAAUAAGAGCGCCAUAUGGAUCAGUUAUAUCGCUUUUUAUUUAGAACAAAAUAAUUUAGAAGAAGCCCGCAAAGUUGCAGAAAGAGCAUUAAAAACUAUAGAUAUUCAUGAGAUAGAUGAAAAGUUAAAUAUAUAUUUAUGUUAUAUAAAUAUGGAAUGUUUAUAUGGUGAUAAGUUAAAUGAUAUUUUCAAAAGAGCAUUAUUAUGUAAUAAUGAAAAAUCAAUUUAUUUACAUACAAUUCAUAUAUUAAAAAAGAAUAAAAAAUUAACAGAAUUAAAAGAUUUAUGUGAAGAGGCAAUUAAAAAAUUUAAAUAUUCUAAAAAAAUAUGGUCAUGUUAUUUACAAAUAUUACAUAAUACAUUUAAAGAUGAAGAAUAUGCACAUAACAUUUUAUUAAAAUCAUUACAUUCAUUACCCAAAAAAAAACAUUUAAAUAUGAUAAUUAAUGCUGCACGUUUUGAAUAUAAAUAUUCAAAUAAAGAAAGAGGAAAAACAUAUUUCGAAAAAUUAAUUCAAGAAUAUCCUAAAAGGUCAGACCUUUGGUUUACUUAUCUAGAUAUACAUAUUAAUUCCUUAACAAAAAAUGAAAAUAAAGAAAAAAUCAAGUUAAAUUUAAAAGAACUACAAUUUAUUAGAAAUAUCUUUGAAAGAUUUUUGUCAUAUAAAUUUAAACCAAGAGUUAUGAAAAUUAUUUUUACAAAAUGGUUACUAUUCGAAAAAAGUCAAGGAAAUAUGCAUAGCCAAAAAACUGUUCAGGAAAAGGCUUAUAAUUAUGUUGAAAGUUUAAAUGCCCUUGUAUGA